AUGAGCCGUCAGUUCAGUUGUGACACUGUAGAGGCGGUUGGAGCGGUCCUGAACGACUGGAGCAAGGCGUUGGACGAACGGUUCCGUGCCCUUUUCACCCUCAGAGGAAUAGCCACCCGCGAGGCCAUCGCUCAGAUCGCGCGAGGCUUCUCCGACCCCUCGGCGCUCCUGAAGCACGAGUGUGCCUACUGCCUGGGCCAGAUCGGGGACCCUGCGGCACUCGGAGUUCUGACUCGAGUCCUCGGAGACAAGGACCAGGACCCGAUGGUGAGGCACGAGGCCGGAGAAGCACUGGGAGCUAUCGGGGACCCGAGCUGCGGGCGGAUACUGGAGGAGCACUCGAAGGACGCAGCCCAAGAGGUGGCCGAGACGUGCCAGAUAGCGCUGGAGCGACUCCGAUGGCUGAGAUGUCCGGAGCGGGAGAGUUUCGUAGAUACCAACCCGUACUCCUCCGUGGAUCCGGCUCCUCCGCUGACAACCGGGGACGUCCGUCAAUGGCAGGAGAUGCUAAACGACACUUCACACUCUCUGUUCUCCCGCUACAGAGCGCUGUUUUCCCUGAGGAACCACGGCGGGCCCGACGCCGCGCUGGCCCUCGCGACGGGGCUCGGUGACUCGAGCGCUCUGUUCAAGCACGAGAUUGCCUACGUUCUGGGACAGAUGAAGGAGCCGGGAGUGGUCUCGGCCCUCAGUCGCUCUCUGCGGGACCCCUCUGAGGAGGCCAUGGUGAGACACGAGUGUGCGGAGGCCCUGGGCUCCAUAGCCACGCAGGAGUGUCUGGAGAUUCUGAGGGAGUUUCGUGGAGACGGGGAGAGGGUGGUGAGGGAGAGCUGCGAGGUGGCUCUUGACAUGCUGGACUACGAGAAGAGCUCAGAGUUCCAGUAUGCAAAUACUGUGCGACUCAGUGACGUUACAACCACCCACUGAUUGUUUCCUUCCGUUCAUUUGCAGUUGAUUAU